AUGAACAUCAGGAGGAAGGAUUACAAUGAUCGCAUGUCUCGGUUCGAGACGGCGCUUUUGGACCCUGCAGGGAUCCCCGAACGGACUCAGUUCAAACACACCGUUUUUGGGCCCUCCCGCUGGGAUGACACCGCCAAGUCCCAGUUCCCCGGCAUCCGCGCCCUCGUUGAGGACGGCAAGUGGACCGAGGCCAACGUCCUUGUCGGCCAGACCGCCGGUCUUCUCGUGAAGGCUGCCGAGGUCCUCAACCUUGGAUAA